GACGCUAUUCAAAAAAUUAGCCACGAAUAUUGUUUUUUCACAAAUGAAUAAAAUCUUCAAACAAUUAGCCUUAGCAAUUACUAUAAAGUUAUUAAAUAUUUUAACUCAAAUAAUAUAAUUAUUUAUUUUUUAGCAAAACAAAAAUAAUAUAUUAUGAAAGUUAAAAUAAAUAAUUUUACACUCAUCAUUGUCUCAGUUUUCUUGUUCGUUCAGCUCACCCAUCCUCCUCAUCUGGCAAGCUAAUCCUAUAUUUGGUACGUCAAUAAUGCUCAUAUGCUCGGAAUCUGGAUAUCAUCGCGACCCCUUUUGGGUCAUCCCUGUUUCAAGUUUCAACUUUACAAAUAGAAAUAGCUCAUCCAUUUCAUGGCGAAGUCGAAGCUUCAGGCGCUCUGGAACCACCCAGUUGGCCCCAAAACCAUUCACUUCUGGGCUCCCACAUUUAAGUGGGGUAUCAUCAUAGCAAAUGCUGCCGACUUCUCAAAGCCACCCGAAAAGCUCUCCUAUCCUCAGCAAAUGGCUGUUGCAUGCUCUGGAGUUAUUUGGUCACGCUACAGCACAAUAAUUACCCCGAGAAACUUGAACCUUUUAAGUGUCAAUGUUGCAAUGGCUGGGACAGGCUUGUACCAAGUAGCUCGCAAACUUUGGCAUGACUACUCUAGUGCUGAAGGAGCUGUGGCGAAAGAACAAUGACAGAAAUUUUUAGAUGAAUUAACUUGUGUGGCCUUAUGUUGCCUUGUUAUUUGGUACCAAAAAAUAUUAUUGAAAUAACAUAUGUAUAAAAGACUUGAGCACGCGCAAACAAACAAACAAACAAAUGAAAUAGCUUUGAAUGUGAAUAAUUCAUUUGUGUCCAUGCUUGUUAAUUUAACUACAAAUUUUAUAAAUGGAAUGGCACACAGUUACCGAUGUA